GAAAACCCAGCGUGAGCUCAUCACCUGCCUGUCUGCUGAGUGUAGGCGUGAACUGCCCCGCCCUUCCUGCACCUGUGCGUUCACAAGCUCCGCCCACGCGUCAGGUGUUUUCAGACGAAACUCGACUGGAGUAAAGAGGAUGUUACUCAUGCCGGCUGGACUUGAUGAAACACUCCACAAACACUUUACCUUCAGCUUGUGUCACCAUAUACCGAUACCAGACAACAACAAGUGGACGGUUUACAUGCAGUGAUGGAGGUGAAAGGCUGCAGGUCAGAGCUGGAAGUGUUCAGGAGGUCGACGAUUGAGACCGUGUCCAGAAGAGAUUCUGUUUCUGUGAAAUGUUCUCCAUCUUCCCAAAUCCUUCAGAUGUCAACACCUCGAUCGAUACCUCUGACAUACAGCAUUCCAACUAAAAGGGAGUUUCGAGCUUCAUCUGCACCUUUGAUUCCCAAUCCGUUUCCAGAGCUCUGCAGUCCCACACACUCCCCAGUGCUGACCGGAUCCUUCAGCGGGAGGGAUCCUCCCUCCAACAGCAGCACACACGUGCUUCGGGUUUUUGGGGACGCCACACACAGUCGGUCGGUUUUGGUGACGUCGGGGACGACGGCGCAUGAUGUUUGUCGUAUGCUAGCACAGAACGCACACUGUACGGAUGAGGAAAGCUGGGCUCUCAUUGAACAUCAUUCUGCUUUAGGCCUGGAGCGCUGUCUGGAAGACCAUGAGCUUGUGGUGCAGGUACAGUCAUCCUGGCAUGUAGAAAGCGACACAAAGCUGAUCUUCCGCAAAAACUACGCUAAGUACGAGUUCUUCAAAAAACCUGUGUUAUUUUUCCCAGAGCACAUGAUAUCUGACAGCGCUGAUGUCACUAAAGGCAGGACAUCAUCAGAGCUGGUGCAGAAUAUGGUGAAGAGUGGCUCCUGUCCAGAGAGUCAAGGCUUUCUCCAUGUGAGAGAGGGCGGAAAAAAGUCCUGGAAGAAACUCUAUUUUGUUUUACGACGCUCUGGACUGUACUGCUCCAACAAAGGACAGUCAAAGGAACCUCGGCACCUGCAGUUCGUCGGAGAUCUGGAAGAUCUGAAUGUGUUCACAGUGUUCAAUGGCCAUAAACUUUACGGGGCUCCGGGAGAGCAUGUCUUCUGCAUUAAGGCCUCAAAAGACAGGUUUCGCUGUCAGGAUUUGAAGCUGAUGUGUGCCGACAGUGAGCAGAGUCGUACGUGCUGGAUCACGGCCUUCAGAUUGUUUAAGCAUGGGAAACAGCUCCAGUGUAACUACCAGCUCUCCCAAUCCAGUGCCAGACUUCACAAAUCAUCACGACAAGACUCCAAGUAUGCAGACCGGGAGGAGUCGAUGGUGGCCAUGGAUUUUUCAGGGAAGAGCGGCGGACGAGUGAUUCAGAACCCACAUGAGGCCCAGAAUGCCGAGCAGGAGGAAGGACGCAACUGGCGGAAGAGAGAAGCGUUGCGUCACAGUUUACCCACCAACGGUCACGGGUCACAUCUGUCCGCGGUUCAUCGGGUUCAGCCGUGGUUCCAUGGGGGCGUGUCUCGAAAUGAAGCUCAAAGGCUAUUGGAGGAGCAGGGUCAGGUGGAUGGGAUGUUUUUGAUUCGUGACAGUCAGCUGCACGCGCAGUGCUUUGUGUUGUCCUUGUGUUAUAAACUGAAGACCAAACACUACCUCAUCAUUCCCUUAGAACAAGGGGAUAAACAGUACUACACUAUGGACGAUGGUGUCACACUGUUUACAGAUCUGCUGCAGUUGGUGGAGUUUCACCAGAUUAACCGCGGCAUCUUACCCGUUUGUCUCAAACACCCCUGCACUUGCAUUGCAAUCUAAACCUUCAACUUUGACCUCUCCCUCAAACCUAGGACCUAAAUGAACCAGCACCAGUCUCUGGACCAUUAACGUUUUCAUUUUAUGACUCGAAAUGGAUGUCAGGACAUUCACAGUUUUUCAUAAUCCCCCCAAAAAAGACUAUUUCUGUACAUAGUAAUUCUAUUUAUAUUUGAUAUACCUCUAGCACACUUUAGAGCGUAUAUAGGUCUUUAAUAUUGGUUAUCCUACCAAAAAUACUCUAAUAGUUUAUGGAAUAUUUGUUUACAAGCUAUUUGUAUUUAUCAUCCUUCUAUCCGGGAAUGUUUCUAAACCGGAAAGUGCACAAUCAUGUGGGAAUUUCCUGCUAUUCCUUCUUUCAACACUGGGAAGCGCACUGAUGCUUUGAAUGCUUUACUGCUCAUUUAUUCUUAAUUUAUGCAAUAGUCAUGCAGGGAUACAUUAAUGCAUAUCUGAAGUUUCAUAAGGAGACUAUUUCAAUGUAGCAGAUUUAGUAUUAAUCUUAUUAUUAUUAUUGGUAAUAUUUUUUUUUUUCUUCAACACCAUGUCUAAUUUAUGGGUGUUUUUUCAUAAUACUGACGAUUAAGAUAAUCGAGGCCAGUUUACAUUUGCUUUAUUCUAUAUUUUUAUUUAGUUUAUUCUGUUUUAUCUUUGUUUAGUACUUGUUCUGGUUAACAGUUGUACUUGUGCAUGUAAUUUAAUUCUGACCAAAACCUCAAAAUGA